AUGACAGAUCUGUCAAUUUUUGUUUCAGGUGGUCCCGAAAAGAAUGAUUUCUUCAAUAUCAUUUCGCGAUAUGUCGACUUAUACGCCCAUCCGACUCCGACGAAUUAUGCAUACAGAGUAUGUUAUUAUAUGACAAGAUGUGUUCAGCAGCGAUUUUGUUGUUUUCAGACAGUAUAUUUAGCCCAUGCGUUGAACCAUGUCGUUUGUACUAGGAAUUGUGUUAUAUCCAACAACCGGAAACUGGAAAUCGCUGCUUCCAAGGGUCAGAUCAGUGAUGAACUAAUAGAGUCUGCACGAGAUCAGGGAUUUGUUAGACCUACUAUUCUUAUUCUUUGUCCUUUCAAGAAAGAUGCAUUUGAUAUCCUAUUAGUUUUCGGAAAAGGUAAUUCAAUUUCAAAACGAAACUAUCAGAAGAGUUCAAGUUUUUGUUAUGUUAAGGAACUGAUUACCGGGAACAAUGAUGAUUGCUUCCGCGUUGGUAUAGCUCUGUCUAAAAAAGUCUUGAAACUGUACGAAGCUUUUGAUAAGUCGGACUUCAUUCUUUGCUCUCCACUUGGUCUUCGAAUGAUUCUUGAUGGCGAUGUUGGAAGGGAAAGUCAUUUAAUUUCCAAUAUUCAGUUAGCUGUUGUAGAUAAGGCUGACAUUAUGUUGCAACAGAAUUGGGAACAUCUUUCAAUUAUAUUCUCUCACUUGCACAACCAACCAUCGGAAAUACAUACAGAUAUUUCUAGAGUUCGAAAGUGCUACAUCGAUGGCUUGUCGAAGUACUAUUGUCAGUUACUGCUGUUUUCUCGUUAUGCACAUGAACUUUUUUCGGCUUUAAUACUGGAAUAUUCAUUAAAUUAUCGUGGACUGGUAAUUCAAAAUCGUCCUUGCAAUGGCACACUUGACAAAAUUGAAAUUCCUUUAUGUCAAGAGCUUCGACGUUUCGCCGUCGAAAAUGCCGCCGAACAAGCUGUUUUACGUUUCAACUUUUUCAAGGAAUACUGUUCUUCGUCCCUUUUACCAGGAACUUGUUUCGUUAUUCCUUCUUACUUCGAUUUUGUUCGUGUAAGGAACUAUUUUAAACGAACCGAGGAAAGUUUCGUUGCCUGUCACGAAUACGCACCCAAGAAUAAGAUUACUCGAGCGCGAGAUAUGUUCUACCAUAAAAUGAAAAAGAUAUUACUAGUCACAGAACGAUAUUACUACUUCAAUAGGAGGCCACUGAGGGGCAUAGCAAAGAUAGUUUUCUACCAACUACCUUCGCAUCCUGACUUCUACUGCGAGUUUAUCAAUAUGGCAAAUUGUGAGGCUGGAACGAGGUUCAGCUCAGUGCUGUUUUACUGUCACUGUGAUAGAAUCCGUCUUCAGAAUACUUUUGGAACGGACUUAGCAAAUUCUAUUAUAUCGUCCAAAAAAGCCGUCCAAGCAAUUGUUUCAGAAUAG